AUGGUCAAAGGGGACUUUUCCAUUGAGUGGCUCGCCCGAAGCAGCCGCGAUGGGUGCACCAAGAGGAAACCCGAGGAAGGCUCUCCGAUAGACUACACCCCCUGUAUGCCUCCCUCUCCGAGCUUCUACCCACAAAACUCGGCACAGCCCACCCCAGAGAUUCCCCAACAGAGACUGACAGGGACCGGGGUCUCCACGCCCAAAAUGAAGAGACAACCGCCGCCUUGGAUGUCCGACUGUGAGCCAGAAGAGGUUUUGAAGGACUCGGCUGGUACAUGCUUGUCCAGUCGUGAGGAGUGCUGGGGCUCGGAGAGUGAUUCCGGCCGCUCGGAUUGUUCAGCCCGGCAGGAGCGGGAGAGGAGUGUGGAGUCCGAGUCGGAUGGUGAGGUCCCUCGCCGUGUGCGCACCGCUUUCACCGCCCAGCAGAUCCACAAGCUGGAGAGGAAGUUCAAGCGGCACACCUACCUGGGGGCGGCCGAGCGGUCCAAGCUAGCAGCCCUGCUCCACCUGUCUGAGACCCAGGUAAAGACCUGGUUUCAGAACCGCAGAAUGAAGCUCAAACGCCAGUUGCAGGACCUGUGCUCGGUUUCCUUUUCCACCCCCGCUUUGCUGAGCAGCCCGAUGCCGGUGAGAGAGCCGCUCCUGGCCCCGUGCUCUUUCCCUGGAUAUUAUAUGAACGAUCGGGGCAUCCUCCAAGCCGCCAGCAGUACCCACUGCCUCCCACCAGCCACAUACCAGCAGCCAAACCACAGACACAGCUCGAGUGUGGAGCACAGCCAUUCGGGGUACCAGCCCUACCUUUACCCGCUAAUACUGAAUCGUUCACCAGGAGGACUGUACAUCUGUUCCUGA